AUGUGGAACACCUCUACAAACAGUUGUGUGGAACACCUCUACAAACAGUUGUGUGGAACUCCUCUACCAACAGUUGUGUGGAACACCUCUUCCAACAGCUGUGUGGAACACCUCUACCAACAGUUGUGUGGAACACCUCUACCAACAACUGUGUGGAACUCCUCUACCAACAGUUGUGUGGAACUCCUCUACCAACAGUUGUGUGGAACUCCUCUACCAACAGUUGUGUGGAACUCCUCUACCAACAGUUGUGUGGAACACCUCUACAAACACUUGUGUGGAACACCUCUACAAACACUUGUGUGGAACACCUCUACCAACAACUGUGUGGAACUCCUCUACCAACAACUGUGUGGAACUCCUCUACCAACAGUUGUGUGGAACACCUCUACAAACACUUGUGUGGAACACCUCUACCAACAGUUGUGUGGAACACCUCUACCAACAACUGUGUGGAACUCCUCUACCAACAACUGUGUGGAACACCUCUACCAACAGUUGCGUGGAACACCUCUACCAACAACUGUGUGGGAUUCCUCUACCAACAGUUGUGUGGAACACCUCUACAAACAGUUUUGUGGAACUCCUCUACCAACAGUUGUGUGGAACCCCUCUACCAACAAUUGUGUGGAACACCUCUACCAACAGCUGUGUGGAACACCUCUACCAACAAUUGUGUGGAACUCGUCUACCAACAAUUGUGUGGAACUCGUCUACCAACAAUUGUGUGGAACUCCUCUACCAACAGUUGUGUGGAACUCCUCUACCAACAGUUGUGUGGAACUCCUCUACCAACAGUUGUGUGGAACUCCUCUACCAACAGUUGUGUGGAACUCCUCUACCAACAGUUGUGUGGAACUCCUCUACCAACAGCUGUGUGGAACUCUUCUACCAACAGUUGUGUGGAACACCUCUACCAACAAUUGUGUGGAACUCCUCUACCAACAGUUGUGUGGAACACCUCUACCAACAAUUGUGUGGAACUCCUCUACCAACAGUUGUGUGGAACUCCUUUACCAACAGUUGUGUGGAACUCCUCUACCAACAGCUGUGUGGAACUCUCUCAACAGUUGUGUGGAACUCAACAACAGCUAUGUGAACUCCUCUACCAACAGUUGUGUGAACUCCUUGUGUGAACCUCUACCAACAGUUGUGUGGAACACCUCUACCAACAAUUGUGUGGAACUCCUCUACCAACAGUUGUGUGGAACUCCUCUACCAACAGUUGUGUGGAACUCCUCUACCAACAGCUAUGUGGAACUCCUCUACCAACAGUUGUGUGGAACUCCUCUACCAACAGUUGUGUGGAACUCCUCUACCAACAGCUAUGUGGAACUCCUCUACCAACAGUUGUGUGGAACUCCUCUACCAACAGUUGUGUGGAACUCCUCUACCAACAGUUGUGUGGAACUCCUCUACCAACAAUUGUGUGGAACUCCUCUACCAACAAUUGUGUGGAACACCUCUUCCAACAGCUGUGUGGAACUCCUCUACCAACAAUUGUGUGGAACACCUCUUCCAACAGCUGUGUGGAACUCCUCUACCAACAAUUGUGUGGAACACCUCUUCCAACAGUAG